AUGGCUGGGCCCGAGGGGGAAGUGCUGCUUUUUGUGCUCGGGUCCCUUAUCUCUUCCCCACAUGGCGUGGGCAUCUCCACCCAGACUGGCUGCCCGGAGGAAGCCCAGCCCCUGCAGUGUGUCGAGACUACUGAGCAGGAGGACCCAGGCCGGGCAGGCGUGGGGGUGACAGCAUCACCCCAGGAGGAGCCCUACCAGUUGGUGCUGAAUGGAGAGAGCAACGUCCUGCAUGUAGAGCAGGUCCAGCAGCUGGUACCCCACCUCCCGCCAAGAGUGACCGGGUACCCUUGGAACCUGCUCUACUGCACCGCCAGGGAUGGGUUUAGCCUGAAGAGCAUGUACAGGAGUAUGAACAAGCUGAGCUCUCCUGUGCUGCUGGUCAUCCGAGAUACCGACGGGCAGGCAUUUGGGGCCUUCUCCUCCACUGCCAUCCGACUCAGCAGCUGCUUUUAUGGCACAGGGGAGACUUUUCUCUUCUCCUUCUCCCCGGAGCUAAAGGUGUUUAAGUGGACAGGCACCAACACUUUCUUCAUGAAAGGAGAUGCAGAUUUGCUAGUGAUUGGCGGAGGCAGUGGCAAAUUCGGCCUGUGGCUGGAUGGGGACCUGUACCAUGGGGGAAGCCACCGAUGCGAGACAUUUGACAACGAAAUCCUGUCGCCCCAGGAGCAAUUCUUUAUUCGGGACCUGGAGAUUUGGGCCUUGACCUGAGCCCACACCGGGGGCCGUGGGAACCGACUGCUUUCGCAUGGACCCUGGGUGGGCCUGGCAGCUGUUCCCAGCAGUGUCUGGAACCCUUCCAGAGGGUGGUGCACAGUCCGUCUUCCCCUUCCGCACAAGGCUUUGCCAGGCAGUGCUCCCUUCUCCUCCCCAGCCAGCACUCACGCUCCAGAGAGGGCAGCGGGGCGUUCCUACCCAUUUUCCUGCCAGGGUGCUCACCCUGCGGGGCAUCAGAGCAGCCCCAGUGGGUGGCUCCACAAGCACUGGAUUUCAAUGCAAACGGAAUCUCACAGGCAACUGGGCGAUUUAAAAAUAAAAUUCCCAUGUGAAGCGACUGAGUGUUAGCAGCAGGGGAGCUGCCUGCUGGGACAUGCCCUGCCAGUCAGUGCUGUGAACUUGGGAAGUGAGCUCAGCCGUUGUUCACAGUGAGUGAGGGCAACCUCCCCUCCCCCCUGGCAGAGACAGCAGGGGCAGCAUGAGGGUAUUGACAUGGGCUUGCUGGGCACUGCCAGCUUUUAGAGUUCCAUGAGAUGUGAGGGCCAGGGCCCCUCCCCCAUCCCUGCUCUCAGAGAAGCUUAUUGAAGUUAGGCCAAGACCAGUAUCAGUGGUGCCUGAAAAGCUACACGAAAGGGGCACAAGGACCACCCGUUUUUCUGUUGCUUGUAACGAGAUGGGCCUGAAUCAAAGCCCUGAUCCCAGCACCCCAAGUUGCAGGACAGCUCAGGUCCAAACUCUGCCACUGUCUCCUGUCCCUGUAACGGGCCAAAACAAAUCCCACAGCAAAAUCCCUCCGGACUCCUCCUCCCAUGAAGUCAUGGGGGAGUGCAGGGCCUGAGCAGAGCACAGCA